UUCAGGCGGCCUUGCAAUUUACUUCUUUUUUUAUUUUCAAAAGAAUCUCCAAUAUUCCACACAUUGUUGUCGUUGUCAUCGUACUUGUUGUUGUUGUUGCUGCUGCUGUUGUUGUGAUUGCCUUUGGCCAUGUACAAACUUGAUGCCACCUUGGACGAUGUCCAAAAUACCCGUUUCAAUAACAUUUACCGCGACCUAAUCAAACAAAUGUCAAAACAGACCCAGUUCACCGAAAUGGAGGUUCAGAGCAUUCUAAUGGUCUAUCACAAAUUCGUCUUGGCCAAUGGGCCCAAGGCCAGGUCGAUGACUGUCAAGCAAUUCAAUCAACUAUUUUCCGUACUCUUCAAGGUCUAUGAUUUGCAAAUCAUUGAAAGGAUUUUGUUGUUGAUAACAUCGGAUUUGAAGAAGGAAGUUGAUCCGGUGGCCUGGGUGAGGUUGUUUGCGGUGUUUAUGUCGCACAAAUUGGAGGAGCGUAUGAAGUUUACUUUUCAGAUCUACAAUGUGGGCAACACGGGGUCCCUGAAUCGGGAAAUUGUCACCCUGGCCGUGGAGAAAUUCUUCACAGGCGAAGAUGAGGAUGAAGUGAAUGAACUGAGAUCGGACAUGGUGGAGUUGCUCUUCAAGAAAUUCGAUGUCGACAAGGAUGGCGUCAUCUCCUACGACGACUAUGCCACUGUCGUCUCGGCUCAACCAAUGCUGUUGGAGUUUUUGGGUCAAUGCUUUCCCAAUGUGGACGGCAUGACGGUGAUUGGCUACUGCGCCAACAUCAUGUCCCAGAUAUCGUUUCCCAAAGCCGAUAUUGAGGAAUGAUGAUGGCGGCUGAUUAAUUGCUUUCCGAUUAGAAUUUGUCAUUCAAGUGUUGUUGGUGUUGUUGUGGUUUUUGUUGUUGCAAAACAAUAAACCGAUAUCUCUGUUGGCA